GGUCUCAGGGCGGGAGGAGAUUAAAGCUGCUUCCCGAAGCUCACCCCAGCCCAUGUCACCCUCUGAUUUCCUGGACAAGCUUAUGGGACGAACAUCAGGGUACGAUGCCCGAAUUCGACCCAACUUCAAAGGUCCACCCGUCAACGUGACGUGCAACAUCUUCAUCAAUAGCUUUGGCUCCGUCACCGAGACCACCAUGGACUACCGGGUGAACGUGUUCCUGCGGCAGCAGUGGAACGACCCCCGCCUGGCCUACCGCGAGUACCCCGACGACUCCCUCGACCUCGACCCCUCCAUGCUCGACUCCAUCUGGAAGCCAGACCUGUUCUUUGCCAACGAGAAAGGGGCCAAUUUCCACGAGGUCACCACCGACAACAAGCUGCUGCGCAUCUUCAAGAAUGGCAAUGUGCUCUACAGCAUCAGGCUGACACUGAUCCUGUCCUGCCCCAUGGACCUCAAGAACUUCCCCAUGGACAUCCAGACAUGCACCAUGCAGCUGGAGAGCUUUGGCUACACCAUGAACGACCUCAUCUUUGAGUGGCUGGAGGAGCAGGAGGCUGUGCAGGUGGCAGAGGGCUUGACACUCCCACAGUUCAUCCUCAGGGAUGAGAAGGACCUGGGCUAUUGCACCAAGUACUACAACACAGGCAAGUUCACCUGCAUUGAGGUGAAGUUCCACCUGGAGAGGCAGAUGGGUUACUACCUGAUCCAGAUGUACAUCCCCAGCCUGCUCAUUGUCAUCCUCUCCUGGGUCUCCUUCUGGAUCAACAUGGAUGCGGCGCCAGCCCGAGUGGGCUUGGGCAUCACCACGGUGCUCACCAUGACCACACAGAGCGCCGGCUCCCGGGCCUCCCUGCCCAAGGUGUCCUACGUGAAGGCCAUUGACAUCUGGAUGGCCGUGUGCCUGCUCUUCGUCUUUGCUGCCCUGUUGGAAUACGCAGCCGUCAACUUUGUCUCCCGCCAGCACAAGGAGUUCAUGCGCCUGCGCCGCCGCCAGCGCCGCCAGAGGAUGGAGGAAGAGCUUGUCCGCGAGAGCCGCUUCUACCUGCGAGGCUACGGGCUGGGCCACUGCCUGCAGCCCAAGGACGGGGCUGGGGAGGGCCCCAGCAUGUACAGCCCCGCUCCAGCCACUCCAGCCACGCUGCUGCGGGAGGGGGAGGCCCUCCACAGGCGCUACAUCGACCGGGCCAAGCGCAUCGACACCGUCUCCCGAGCCGUCUUCCCCUUCACCUUCCUGGUCUUCAAUAUCUUCUACUGGGUCGUUUACAAAGUGCUGCGCUCAGAGGACAUCCACCUGGUGCCCUGAGGCCUGGAAAAGUACGACUGCCUGUCUGUCUGACCCUCUGCAGUGUGCCCGGGCAACACAAGCUCAGCCAGAACUGUAUUUGCCUCUGUCCCGGAGCAGCUGCUCAGCUGGGCUGGGCCUCAGAGCCUGGACACGUGGCAGCCCAUUCCCCACUGGAUCCCAGGGCACCAAGUGGGGGGAUCAACAACUGCAGGUCCCCACAGUCAGCUGGAGAGAGGGACCCUUCCUACUUCCUGCAUGGUGUCACCCCCAGGUA